AACACAAUCCAGCACUAUGCUCCUCAGUGGAGAUAGGGAUCCAAGCAAAGGUGAUGUGGCCGCAGAGCCUCUUACGUGCUCGCUGCCAGAAUUAUACGCCUUUGUUCAGAAUUUCAGCAAGGAGAACACGAAACUGAAUCGCCUGAACGCUCACUCUCUUUCACCCAGCGAAGCGCAGAAAAUAUUCAGCCAAAACCUGAAUGCAUUGGGAGAAACUGAUGUGAGAGAAGAUGAUUCGCAGCCUCUUCUCACGUGCAAGGUGGUGAGAAAGGACGAGAGGCCAGAAUCUAUGACCGAACUCCUUCACCGCAGCUUACUGAGCAGCCCCCUCCAUCCACUGGAGAAACUCAGCAGGUCCCAGCGGAGAAUCUCUCAGCAUGGGAUCCCCCCUCCCAGUCACACGUUUCCUUAUGAGAUUCUCAUCAGUUCCUCCACAGGGAGCCCAGCGGCCGAUGCCAAGAAGAAAGUUCAAGGCAUCAGAAUCUUAUGCAGGCUGGGCAUUCCUGCAGUCUCGCCGGAAAAGUUCGUCUUUGAAGAUAGGAUUCCUAAAUACGUAUUAGUCGAUCCAGAAAAACAAUUCCUGGAUCUAAGAGAUCUGGAAUGGAAAUAUUACAAGGGGAUUGUGAAGUGGAAGCACAUCUUUCCAGAAUCAUUUAUAAACAUAGACUACGACAGUGAGAAGAGAUUUGUAGUGAGCCAGCAGGUGCCUCGUGUUAUUUCUCCCCCUCUGGUUGAUAAGUCUUUGGUCAUUUAUCCUCAGGUUAAUUAUCCAAAAUAGUAACUUCUUAAAUGGAACAUGACGUUUAUUAAAACAUCUUGGAUAGGAGUUCCCGUCGUGGCGCAGUGGUUAACGAAUCC